AUGGGGCGCGAAAGUAUGCUGCACAACAUCAAUCGCACGCUGCAAAUUACGCUGGAUGAUGGCAGAACUAUGACGGGUAAACUUCUCGUGUAUGAUCGCCAUAUGAACGUUGUACUCGCGGAUGUAACGGAGACCCGUGAAGUUACUAAGAAGAUGAAAGAAGCCGGCAUCAGCGCAGAGCGUAGUUUGGGACUCGUGCUGCUCCGCGGGGAACAUGUAUUAUCCGUCUCUGUGGUCAGCGGUGAUGAGUCGUCAAAACCGGCGAAUUUUGAAAAGGCGCCACGGGCGAAAGUGGCUGGUGCGAAGCGUUCCCGGUAA